AUGAAGGUGCGCAAAUGUCCGACGGACGAAUUGGCCGUUACCAAUACAGCUGUCGUGAAUAGAGAAGAUUUCGACUCUCAAGGUGUAAAGCAUGUCCAGAUGCAAACCGGCCCAGGACACCGCUAUAUAUUCACUAUUCGUAAUCAUCCGUCGAUGAAGAGUAAAGAAAUCGCCUUCGCAAUUGCUCAGCGAAAAUGGGCUGUCCUCAGUCUAGACCAGGAAGUAAUGGUGGCACCGUUUACGUUUAAGAGCAACCAAUACAUCGGAGCCAUAACCCUCUCUGCAGACUUCCAACUAAAGAAAAAUGCCACUUCUGAUCCGUUGAAUUCUGAUUUCAUGGCACGUGAAUUUUCCAUGCAAUUUGGUGGUAUGGCAUUCACCAGAGGAGAAUUACUCGUUUUCCAAUUCAAUGAUCCAGAGAAGGGAAAAAAUUUUACGUUAUCUCUCGUCGUGAAGAACCUCGAAGGCAUUGAUCUGAACACUGCUGCUGCCGGUGAUGAAAAAUCGAAACCUUUCCCAAUCGAUUGUGGCCAACUCUUGCCUAAUUCUGCCAUAAUCUUCGACAAGGAGGAAGGAUCAACGAUCAAUCUUGUUGGGAAAAGCAAGGGGAAAUCUGCCUUUCGUUCUAUAAUCAACCCAGACUGGGAUUUCCAAAAGAUGGGUAUUGGUGGUUUGGACAAGGAGUUUUCUGGCAUUUUCCGGCGAGCUUUUGCUUCCAGAGUGUUCCCACCCGAGUUUAUUGAGCAGCUCGGUAUGAAGCAUGUGCGAGGAAUCCUGUUAUUCGGUCCUCCUGGAACUGGUAAAACAUUGAUGGCACGGCAAAUAGGUAAAAUGCUUAAUGCACGAGAGCCUAAAAAUUGUUAA